UUUGCGGCCAUCCUGGAGUUCAACCUCGGGGCAAGGUUCUCCCCUACUGCUGAAGCACGGCACAAGCCCAACCACCACAGAAGACACAGCUGGGGAGCUCCCUCGCCCUGGGCAUUCCUCUGGGGCGGAGACCUCAGGCGAAAAUAUGGAGCCUCAAAGUCAGAGCGUGAAGCUGGAGGUGCCGUUGUCCUUGGGGAGAUACCACAUUUCUGAAGAGUAUGGUUUUCUCCUUCCAAAUCCUCUGGAAGAUCUUCCAGAUCAUUACAAGCCUUGGAUGGAAAUUGCCCUCAGACUUCCUCACCUAAUCGAGAACCACCAGCUCCAAGCUCACGUGUACAGGAUGCCUCUCCUGGACUGCAGAUUCCUAACCAGUUACCGCGAGCAGCGACUGGCACACAUGGUGCUGGCCGCUAUCACCAUGGGAUUCGUCUGGCAGGAGGGGGAAGGCCAACCCCAAAAGGUGCUGCCAAGAUCUCUUGCCAUUCCUUUUGUUGAGGUAUCCAGGAACUUGGGGCUCCCGCCUAUCCUGGUCCACUCUGACCUGGUGCUGACAAACUGGACCAAAAGGAACCCAAAAGGACCAUUGGAAAUCAGUAACCUGGAAACCAUCAUCUCAUUUCCGGGGGGAGAGAGCCUGCGGGGCUUCAUCCUGGUGACAGUCUUGGUGGAGAAGGCAGCAGUGCCGGGUCUUAAGGCCCUGGUUCAGGGAAUGGAGGCCAUUCGGCAACACAGUCAGGACACCCUGCUAGAAGCCCUGCAGCAGCUGAGACUCUCCAUCCAGGAUAUCACCAGAGCCUUGGCCCAAAUGCAUGAUUAUGUGGACCCAGACAUAUUUUACUCGGUCAUCCGGAUCUUCCUCUCUGGGUGGAAGGACAAUCCAGCCAUGCCUGUGGGGCUGGUCUAUGAAGGUGUUGCCACAGAGCCUCUGAAGUACUCUGGAGGAAGUGCAGCCCAGAGCUCCGUGCUUCAUGCCUUCGAUGAGUUCCUGGGCAUUGAGCAUUGCAAGGAAAGUGUUGGCUUUCUACACAGAAUGAGGGACUACAUGCCGCCUUCCCAUAAGGCUUUCCUGGAAGAUCUCCACGCAGCUCCUUCUCUGAGAGACUACAUACUGACCUCUGGUCCUGGGGACUGCCUGAUGGCCUAUAACCAGUGUGUGGAGGCCCUGGUAGAGCUACGCAGUUACCACAUCAAUGUCGUGGCCAGAUACAUUAUCUCCGCUGCCACCAGGGCCAGGAGCAGGGGGCUGACUCAUCCCUCACCCCAUGCCUUGGAAGACAGGGGCACUGGGGGCACUGCUGUGCUGAGCUUCUUGAAGAGUGUCAGGGAGAAGACCGUGGAGGCCCUCCUGUGUCCUGGUGCUUAGCAGUCAUGUCCUGCAUCCUAAUACUUAGAUGUUCUCAUCAUGCAUCCCAGUAUUAGCGGUUCACAUCCUGCAUCCUAGUGCUUAGCUGUUCUUGUGCUGUAUCCCAGUGCUUAGCAGUCAUGUCCUGCAUCCUAGAGCUUAGCUGCUCUCAUCCUGCAUCCUAGUGCUUAGCAUUUUAUAUCCAGCAUCUUAGUGCUUAGAGAUUCACAUCCUGCAUCCUAGAGCGUAGCAUUUUAUAUACAGCAUCCUUGUGCUUAUCAGCUAUGUCCUGUAUCCUGCUUAGCAGUUAACAUCCUGCAUCCUAGUACUUGUCUGUUCUCAUCCUGCAUCCUAGAGCUUAGCAGUCAGAUCCUGUGGGAGCCAGAACCAGGAUUGGAGCUCUGUCUGAGCCCAAGCAUGGCUUUACUGCUUUGUUCGUUAAUUGUGGCUCCCACCUCCACCCCACCCCAGCCAGUUUGCUUCCUAGAAACCUUUCUGCACUGCAUAAUCCCCCUGCCUCACAGCAGAGAGCUGCAGCCAUGACCUUCUCAUUCAGUAUUAGGUGGACAAGUCGGAGAUACCCAAGCUCAAUUUUAAAAGAAUCAAGUUGCUUUUGGGGCACGUUGCUUCAUCUUUUCUUACCCUGGGCCUCUUCCCUUCUUCCCUACCUCCCUUGUCUCUCACCCCUCCCUCUUCCUCCUUUUGUCCCCCUCCAGCCCUCUGUUUACUCUCUUUUCCCUUCCCCCCCUCCUCAUCCCUCCUUCCUUUCUUCCUUCCCUUUUUGUCUGUGAAACACAAGGUCUGAUGGGCUUCAAACUGUGAUCUUCCUGUUCCACCCUUUAAAGGUUAUAUGUAUGUGACAUGUGUGUGUGUGUGUGUGUGUGUGUGUUCGUUUCUUUUGUUUUUCCCUAGUGGAGAUGACACCCAAAGAUUUGCACAUACCAGGCAAUUGCUCCACUACCUGACUACAGUCCCAGCUCUCUGUAUUCCUGAAGGAAAGUCUUGAUGAGUUGUCUAGGCUGGUAUUGAGCUCUUUAUCCCAGGCAGGCCUUAGUCUGAGUAGCUGGGAUGUACAGGGAUGAGCCACUGAGCCAUGCUGCUGCUGCUGCUGCUGCUGCUGCUGCUGCUGCUGCUGCUGCUGCUGACAACAACGAAGAUGAUGAUAACUACAGUCAUUGCAAUGAUGACAGCAAAGAUAAUGAUGGUUGUCUCUUCCUUUUUUCGUGUUAUUUUAUUUUACUUUAAGACAGUAUCCUACUAUGCUUUAGUCCAGGUUGCCUUGAACUACCUCAACCUCCCCAGUGCUUAGAUUAUACACAUGAACCACCAAGGCUGGCUCUAGAUUUUUUCAAUUCACUAAGCCCUACUGUGCUCUUGUCUGUGACCUGGGACAGCCUUCCCCUCCAUGCUCAGGCUGAAUUCAGCACUGGGGGUGGGGGUGGGGUUAGAUGCUGAGUGGAGAUUUGUGGGGUUAAAGAUGCUGUCCAUGCAGACCUGGAAGUCACCAGCACGGGAGCUAUCAGCUACUGACUAGGAACCCGUUGUGACUCCCCCACAGGGGGGUAGACAUUGUCGGUUCUAUUUUAACUCUCUCUGUUCUAUUUUAGGACCGUGUUUUUCUUUCUCCUAGUGACACUGGAAAUUUGUAUGUGAAAAAUGCUUUAACUGACCCCUUGAAAGCAAGUGAGCCAAAAUAAGAAUAAAUAGUAAGUCCACAUGUUUAGGAUAAAAAUAAAUAUGGCUUUUAUAUCCGACAUUUCUAG